AUGCCCAGAAACAACAAGCACAUUUCACAUCAUCUCACUGCUGAGGAUGAUGACAACACCUCAGCACCUGCUUCCACUGAGACCGUUCACACAGGCGUUCAACACAAACUCCUCUCUUCAUCCAUUCCUCUCGUCUUUCAAAAAUCAACACGGAUUAAAGGAAAGAACAAGUAUUGGCAAUUUUUCAUCUCUUCCACACCAGCCCAUCACAUGUCCGAUUCUGACAAUGAUCACGAACAACAACAACAAACUCAUGAAACACAACAACACUUUUCAAAUUCCUUCUAUAUUUUCUCUCGAUAUGGCACUACGACUUUACAUCCACAAACACAUCACAUUCGAACCACGAAAGGUAUUUCCUAUCAAAAAGAAUUUCCUUCCGAAUUACAAGCUCAGAAAGAAUUAUUAAUUCGAAUUCAUGGUAAACUCAAGGAAGGAUAUCAAUGGGUCUAUGAGAGAAAGAAACGAAAAUUUCCAAUGGAAACACUUGUGAAUUUGGUCAAUGAUCAAAUUCAGCAUCAAUUCGAACUGUUUCAAGAAUUGUCUCGAGCUCUUUUAAAAUCACAACGUAAUCAACAACAACAAAUCCCUCGAUCGAAUUCAGAAUCAUUGAGUGAAACACAUCUUCCUCAACAUUUGAGAAACAUUUCACUUCCAAGAGAAUACCCUAAUUUACCAACAUUGAAUCGAAAGUCACCAGUGAAGCGAAAGAAGGUGCCAUCUUCUUCAUCUAGCCAUUGCUCAGAUAAGGUUCCAAUUAUUGAAUUUUCUUCAGAGAGUGAGGAUGAAAUGGAAGAUGAUGAUGAUGCUAGGUCAUUGCAUUCUUCACCUCCAAGAGUCGCAAGACGAAGAAGAACAAGUAGUACUACUUCUCCAAGAUCUUUGAAAAACACUAAGAGAAAUUCAUCAAUGAAAAGAACACACAAAGAAGUGAAUUCUUGUUCAUCCAGUAGUGAAUCUGAACAGCAUUCCGAAGAAGAAGAAACAAUAACGUUAUUGGCUCCUUCUCAUGAAAGAACCAACAAGAAACAAAGUAAGGUUUCUCCUCAAAAGAAAAAAACAAAACGUAAUGAGAAGGAACCAUCCUCUUAUCUGGGAGAAGAUCAAUUCUCAGAAGAAACAUCUGCACACAUUCCAACCAUUCUUUUGACUCCAAUCAAGAACAAGAACUCACAAUCUUCUGUUGCUACUACAAGUACAAUCACCCCUCUAAGACUCUCUCCAAUUCCAUACCGAUCCCGAAGAGUAGAUUCUCAACAACAAGCCUCCACGACAUGGACCUCGCAAGAAGAAGGUCUCGAUCAUGAUUCUUCAGAUGAUGAUGACGAUGAACACGAUAAUCAUGAAUUCUAUGGACAAAUUAUUCCAACAACUCCCGAGAGAUUUAAAUCUACGGACACUCCUGUUGGGGAGAAUGAGGCUCCUACCAGUUCCAAUGUUACUCGACCACUUUCAGAUAUUGAUUCUGGAAGUGAUCGAGAAGAUUCCAUGCUUGAACAUUUAUCAUUUGGAGGUUUUGGAGAAGAUAUGCAAGACAUUUCAUAUUCCUCUACUAAUAUAGAUCACACAUCUUCGGCCUUGGUUCAAGAACUGGAAGAAAAGAUUAAAAAACUCUCUCAAACAAUCACAAUAGAAACAGAACGAGCAAAUGCAUUGGAUUUGGAAAAGAAUUAUUUGGAGAAGGAAAUGUAUCAAUUAGUGGAAUUGCAUCAAAAUACACUUUCAGAGAAGGACAGAAAGCAUGAAGAGGAAAUUUCAUCAUUGAAAUUACGAAUUGAGGAAUUGAGCCAUUUUGCUGAAGCACGACAAGAGGAGCUAUUGCGAAAAGAAGAAGCAUUGAGGGAAUUGGAAAAGAAACUGGAGGAAGAAAGAAUUCAAUUGAAUCAACAACGUGAAAUGACAGAAAGUAUGUCACAAGAUUUAUCGUACCGUCUUGAGCAGGUUCGAAAUAGAGAAUCACUAUUGGAAAUGAGGGAAAAGGAAUUACAAGAGAAGAUGAAACAGCUCGAGAGCGAACAAAUACUUUUGAAUAUUGAAAGAAGUUCAUUACGUGAGCAAGUGAAUACUUUCGAGACAGAGAAAGUCAGUUUCAUGCAAGAUAUGGAGCAUAAGAAUACAAUGUUUGAAAAAGAAGUGACAAUUCGAUUCCAAAAUCAGCAACAAGAACUCGAAGUUGAGCGGCAACGACUUUCAAGUGAACAUCAAGAAAACAUGCAACGGUUAAAUCAAGAAAAAGAAACACUGAGAGCUAAUCAAAUGGAAUUUGAACUUACAAAAUCAUCCAACCGUGAAUGGUAUGAAUCCAAGCGCAGAGAAAUUGCUGAAAAGGAAUCUGAAAUUGAAAACAAGCGCUAUCAAUUGGAAAAACAACUCGAGUCUCUGACCGAUCGUGAAUAUUCUCUACAUUUACAAAAACAACAGCAUGAAGAGCUUAUUUUCAAGAGAAAUUCUGAUCUCGAUAUUAGAGAGAACUCUUUCCAAACAGAAAAGGAAAAAUUCGAAAAAGAACGUCACGCUUUCAAUCAACUUUUCGAAAAGAGAAUGCAGUAUGAGAAUCGUUGUCAACAGUUAGGACUGGCUCUCUCUCAAAAACAUACAGAAUUUCAAUCAGCCCUGUCCAUAUGGCUCUCUGCAUUGAACAAUUCUGAGGAAACUGUUGACGACAACCAAAAUGAUCCAAGAAUGUUAUUCUCUGGAGCAAAUUUAGAUAGUGAUGUGUAG